AUGUCGCAUUGCCAAACUCUUGUCCUCACAUCGGUGGAGUUGGGUGUGUUAGGUACGCACAGUCAGUGGCGCUUGAAUGUGGCACACAACUUCACCGCACUUCUCCGUAUCUACACCACAACUACUGAUGGACUUGAAGAAAAGGCAAGACAUGAGAGAGUCGAAAGGAAGGAGGGAAUGAUGGAGUCAAGGCUGGGAGGCGAAGGAGGUCAAUGGGUGUUGAAGAUGACGAAAGUGCGUGGAGAAGUUCUCCUUGCACACAUCUCUCCAUCUCUCCACCACGUGCGCCAUCCUUGUUGGCGUAACGGUGGCAGUGUGUCAAAUUAUGCGCUGCAAGAUGGAAGGCUUGGCGGGGCGAGCCCUCACAAGUGA